AUGUCCCCAACUCUCCACUCCGCUGCCAUCCCUGCGGCAACCGUUCAGUCGCACGCCUCCAACCUUCUCCAACUCCCCGACAAGACCCUGCUUUGCGCCUGGUUCGGGGGCUCCCAGGAAGGUCUUCCGGACAUCAGCAUCUGGCUGUCUCGUCAAGAACCGCGUUCGAAGGGCUGGUCCACGCCGCAGAAAGUCUCCUCCGACACCAAUCGCAGCUGCCAGAACCCCGUCCUCUUCCGGGCACCAAAGACAGGGGAUGUUUGGCUGUUUCACACUUCGCAAGAUGCCGGCAACCAAGACGGCGCGUACAUCAUGGCUCGCACAUCAGGUGAUAACGGCAUAACCUGGUCAGAACCCCGAUACCCCUUGGAGGGUGUCACUGGUGCGUUCGUACGUCAACCUCUUGUUGUCCUUGGCGAUGGGACCUGGGUUCUUCCCGUCUUCCAUUGCCGCUCGACACCGGGUCAGAGGUGGAUUGGUAACAACGACAUUUCCUCCGUCUUCUUUACCCGAGAUGAUGGCCAAACAUGGUCAGAAAGCGUGGUGCCCGAAAGUCUCGGCUGCGUACAUAUGAACAUUGUUCCACCGUCGAAAGGGAGGUCAGAGUAUGUCGCCUUCUUCCGCAGUCGUUGGGCGGACAAUGUUUACCGCUCAACCUCCGCCGACGGGCUGAACUGGGCCUCUCCCAAGCCGACCACGUUACCAAACCCCAACAGCGGUAUAUGUGCCGCCCGCUUGGCUUCAGGAAACGUCGUCGUUGUUUUCAAUCGAUCCGCGGCUGAGCCUGACAUGGCAAGGAGGGAAGGCCUCUACGACGACAUUACACCAGAAGACGACAGGCGCCCAAAUCAAGCGUCCGUCAACGGCAAGCAUGCCAUUUGGGGAACCCCCCGGAAAGCAUUGACCAUUGCAGUUUCUAGUAACGACGGACUGGGCUGGAAAGAGAGAGUGCUGGAAGAAGGUGAUGGGUUCUGUAUGACGAACAACUCCAUCGAGAAGACAAAUCGAGAGUUGAGCUAUCCGAGCAUCUCCGUCGAGGAAGAGGGUCCCGUAUCAGUGGUACAUGUUGCUUUCACAUUCCACAGGCAGUACAUCAAAUACGUCCGUAUAGACGAUGUGGAGGGUUGGGUGGACAGAGCAUAG